GCCCUGGUCAUUCUGGCGUUCGUGGCGGACCGGACCCUCCGCACACACGGCAACUUUUUCUUCCUCAACCUGGCCAUCGCUGACCUCCUGGUGGGAGGCUUCUGCAUCCCCCUCUACAUCCCCUACGUGCUGACGGGCAAGUAGAGACUCGGGCGGGGGCUUUGGUGCAGAGGAAAGCAGGCAGCCUCAGUGUUCAACAUCGUCCUCAUCAGCUUCGACAGGUUCAUCUCUGUCACCAGAGCGGUCAGUUACCAGGCUCAGAAGGGGAUGACCAGAAAUGCAGUGCUAAAGAUGAUCACUGUAUGGAUUGCUGCUUUUCUUCUCUAUGGUCCGGCCAUUCUCAGUUGGGAGCACAUUGCCCAAAAGAGUAUUCUCCCUGAAGGAGAAUGUCAUGCAGAAUUCUUCUACAACUGGUAUUUCCUAAUGAUUGCUUCUACUAUUGAAUUCUUUACACCCUUCAUCACUGUUACAUACUUUAACUUAAGUAUUUACCUCAACAUCAGGAAACGCACAUCCCUCAGGAAAGAAAACCUAUCACCUGGUCAAGAGGACUGUGAAAGGAGUUUCCACGGGGAAAAAAGGGAACACACUAUAUUUUUUGUAAAACCUGCAAACAGACACAAACAUGAGAAGAGUGCAAGCAGCUGUUCUCCCCCCAAAAAGGCCUGUUCUCCCCCCAAAAAGGCUUCAAGAGUUAGCCAGCACACGCCUGGCAAUCAGUCAUUAAAUCUGAACGUCAAUCAAGACCUUCCACCACUCCAGGUGGAAGUUGAGACCAAGUCUCAUAGGAGUGGUUUCUACAAAACUACAGAAGGCAUAUACAGCACUACCAGCAGAGUGGACAUGGCUAACACUAACAGAUUUAGACUUUCCCGGGAUAAGAGAGUAGCAAAGUCUUUAGCAAUUAUUGUCUGUGUGUUUGGUUUGUGUUGGGCUCCAUAUACACUUUUGAUGAUCAUCAGAGCAGCCUGCCAUGGCCACUGCGUGCAGUAUUCAUUCUAUGAGACUUCAUUUUGGCUUCUGUGGGUGAAUUCAGCCAUUAACCCUAUUCUAUACCCUCUGUGUCACAUGAGCUUCAGAAAAGCCUUUAUAAAACUCCUGUGUCCAGGAAAAGCCAAAAUUCAUCCCCAUAUUUUUAUGUGA